AAAUAACUCACAUUCGCAAUCAGUCAGUCCGACACCUACGACAUGAACUGGGCUACCAUAAUAAUUGCAAUUAUCCUCCUGCUGCCAGCCAGCCAGCAAAGCUUUAUUAGAUCCGAAAGUGUGGAGGUCAAAGUGCUGUCUUACAAUCCCACAUACGAUUUCUGGUUUUUCAUGCCAACUGGCAGACCCAAGGUGGUUACUCAGAAUGUACAGAAUGCAUAUUGGUCUGCUCGGACAAAAGGAGGUGUUUGCUUCACAGAUCUGUGGUUCUACUGCGCAACUGGCAUCGAAAUAGAGGAGUAAAUAUCUUGGCAACAAAGGAACACAAACUAUGUAUAUUUGAAGAUUUGUUACACCCAUUCAUUAAAACAAGAAAAUAAAUAAUCUGCGUAACGUUUACACGAAAACCU